AUGGGAAUGUCAUCAAAAGAAAAAUCCAAACGUUAUAGAGACAGAUUAAAACAAAACCCGGAAAAAUAUGAUGAAAGGAAAAGAAAAAAGCGAGAGAGUUACCAUAAAAAUAAAAAACUAUUAUCAGAUCUUAAGCCACAAGAAAAAGUCAACUGCAGGAUCAUUUGGAAACUGAGAAAGCAAGAACAAAGAAAACGUAAAAAAGCAAUACAGGAAUUGUUGAAUAAUACACCUCCAAGUUCACCGUCCAUACUUCUCCAGCAACCAAUUAAUCAGCCUUUAUUUGCUCCCAUUCCACCGGAUAGCCCCGCAGAAAGUAUGAUUAGAGGCAGAAAGAAGAUUCCAAAGACUAUCGUUCCUUUAGUAGGAACAACUCGAGUUCAUCAAGUUUUUUCCAAUAUUCGAGGCCAACUUAAAUACAGGGACUUAAGUUGUUUCUGCGAACGCGGAUUCUGUGAAUGCUUAAAUCCAAAGCUUUACUAUCCGAUACCAGUUCCAAAAAGUAAUAAUACUACUCACAAGGUUUGCGAUUUUGACGAUAACUUAAGCAAUGAUAAUUUCCCAUUGAGUCACAUGCUAACAUCAUCGCAUGAGAAUGACAUAUCGUUCAAAGAUUUUAGGACAUCAGUAUCAAAAAAUAUGUACAAACGUGUGUAUCGUUCUUCAGAUACCUCUGAAAACAAUACAGAUGAAGAUGAGCAGAAUGAAGCUCACAAUAUCUUACCUGGAUUAAGAGAUUCUGAAGGUGAGCAAUCUACAUUGAAACAAUAUAACGUAUUUGGAUAUUAUGAUGAUAAGCUGACAUCAAAAGUAUAUGACAACCUACCUAAAUUUGACUUAAGUGGACUUUAUGUAUCAAGACAAAAUGAUAAUUUACCAACAUACGAUUUACCUGGAGGUGGCGACGAACAGCAGCCAUCUACAUCAGGACAACAAAAUAAUUUACCAGGACGUGGAGAUUAUUUACUAGUCAAGGUUUACGGUGCCAAAGGAAAAUCGUAUUCAUAUUGCUGUGUUGCUCAAAGUGACAUUGAAGAUGAUGGUGAGAUUAAAGUCACAUUUCUAAAAGCUGUAAAACGAGGAAAACUAUUUAUCCUUAAUCAAAAAGACAUUUCGUAUGUUGCAUAUGAAGAUAUCAUAAGGAAACUGCCAAAUCCAGAUGUAGAGUACAAAAGAGGUGAAGUAUAUUACAAGUUCCCGUGUAACGUCGAAGUUUUUGAAAAAUAA